AAGAGGCAAGGGAACUACUACACUAAACAAACAAAACGAAUUUAGAAAUUAUACUAAUAUUUAACGUAAGAGCAAAGUGAGAAGGAACAUCUUCAUUCGUUUACCAUUUACCCACUUUUCUUUACAACCUUGUUCUUUCUUCUGUCUUAGAAUGGCAGUCUCACAAUCUUCCUGAAACCAUGACUGUGAGGGACAGUUAUCAUUGAGCCCUAACAAAAAAAAAAAAUCUUUAUUACAAAUCACAAUUCACAAGGUCUUUGUGGUUGAUGGGUAGGAAGGGAAUCCAACUAUUUGAUGAGAAAAGAGAUGGGUUUUUCUCUGUCGGCAAUUUGGGGUUCCAAUUUGAUGAUGGGUAUUAUCAGCUCGGAGGUUUGUUUGCCAGCGUUAGUCAAAUGGGAAUGGGGUUUGAUGUGCAACCCAGCGACCCUUCUGAUUCGCGCGACAAUAGUGGCGUGAAAUUUCCAUUGAACGAAUUGUUCCUAAAGUAUGUUCAACCGCAGGGGAAAGAUGAGGUUGCUGAGGAAGGGGUUAAGGGAAAAAAGAAAAAGGGUGGUCUUUCACUCAAGCUUAAGAUCAGGAACCCUUCACUGAGGAGGUUGUUUAGUGGGGCAAUUGCUGGGGCUGUGUCUCGCACUGCAGUGGCGCCUUUGGAGACUAUAAGGACUCACUUGAUGGUGGGGAGUAGUGGCCAUUCCACCACUGAGGUGUUUCACAAUAUCAUGCAAACUGAUGGCUGGAAGGGGUUGUUCAGGGGUAAUCUUGUCAAUGUCAUUCGGGUUGCACCUAGCAAGGCCAUUGAACUAUUUGCUUACGACACAGUGAACAAGAACCUAUCUGCAAAGCCUGGGGAGCAGCCCAAAGUCCCGAUUCCUCCAUCAUUGAUUGCAGGUGCCUGUGCCGGAGUGAGUUCAACUAUAUGCACAUAUCCUCUUGAAUUAGUCAAGACUCGACUAACUAUCCAGAGAGGUGUUUAUGAUGGUAUGCUUGAUGCAUUCUUGAAAAUAAUUCAAGAAGAGGGUCCCUCUGAACUUUACAGAGGCCUCACAGCUAGUCUUAUCGGAGUUAUCCCGUAUGCUGCUACCAAUUACUUCGCCUAUGACACUCUAAAGAAAGCAUACCGGAAAGUUUUCAAACAAGAGAAGGUCGGCAACAUAGAAACUCUUUUGAUUGGCUCGGCUGCUGGUGCCAUUUCAAGUAGUGCAACUUUUCCACUUGAGGUGGCUCGCAAGCACAUGCAAGUUGGAGCUCUCAGUGGAAGGCAGGUUUACAAGAAUGUGAUUCAUGCCUUGGCAUGCAUACUAGAACAAGAAGGGAUCCAAGGUUUGUUUAGAGGGCUAGGACCUAGUUGCAUGAAGUUGGUACCAGCUGCUGGAAUCUCUUUCAUGUGCUACGAAGCAUGCAAGAAGAUAUUGCUAGAAAACGAAGAGGAGGAUUAGGAUGAGUCAAAGAAAUUACUUCUUUUUCAUUGAGGUCAAGAGGCGGAACUGCAUACUCUGUUUAUGCAUAUUGAAUAACUUAUCUUGGCUUUCUCUUAUAUUACUGAAUUCUUUUUCCCUCACAAAUCACAUUUAUAAGCAAUUGAGAAUGGAACAUUGGUUUUGUGGUUUUUA